GGCGGGGGCGGGGGUACUCCGGUUGGCGGUGGAGUGGCCAGAGCUGACACUGUCUGCCUAACUUCUUGGGCUGGAUUCUGCCCGAUCGUCCCGCGUUGUUCUUGCAGAGCCGGUGCCAGCUGAGAGGGCGGUGGGCGCAGACCUCCAGACACCAUGAGCGUGGGCUUCAUCGGGGCUGGCCAGUUGGCCUUUGCCCUGGCCAAGGGCUUCACAGCAGCAGGUGUUGUGGCUGCCCACAAGAUAAUGGCCAGUUCCCCAGACAUGGACCUGGCCACUGUUUCUGCCCUCAGGAAGAUGGGGGUGAACCUCACGCCCCACAACAAGGAGACCGUGCAGCACAGCGACGUACUCUUCCUGGCCGUGAAGCCACACAUCAUCCCCUUCAUCCUGGAUGAGAUUUCUGCUGACAUUGAGGCUCGGCACAUCGUGGUGUCCUGCGCAGCCGGCGUCACCAUCAGCUCCAUCGAGAAGAAGCUGACGGCAUUCCAGCCAGCUCCCAAAGUCAUCCGCUGCAUGACCAACACGCCGGUCGUGGUGCGGGAAGGGGCCACGGUGUAUGCAACAGGCACCCACGCUCAGGUGGAGGACGGCAGGCUCCUGGAGCAGCUCAUGAGCAGCGUGGGCUUCUGCACGGAGGUGGAGGAGGACCUGAUUGAUGCUGUCACAGGGCUCAGCGGCAGUGGCCCAGCCUAUGCAUUCACAGCCCUGGACGCAUUGGCUGAUGGAGGCGUGAAGAUGGGACUUCCAAGACGCCUGGCAGUCCGCCUUGGGGCCCAGGCUCUGCUGGGGGCUGCCAAGAUGCUACUGGACUCUGAACAGCACCCAGGCCAACUCAAGGACAACGUCUGCUCACCAGGCGGGGCCACCAUCCAUGCCUUGCAUGUGCUGGAGAGCGGGGGCUUUCGCUCUCUGCUGAUCAAUGCCGUGGAGGCCUCCUGCACCCGCACGCGAGAGCUGCAGUCCAUGGCCGACCAGGAGAAGGUCUCACCAGCUGCCAUCAAGAAAACCAUCCUGGACAAGGUGAAACUGGACUCCCCUCCCGGUGCCUCGCUGGCCCCUUCUGGCCACUCCAAGCUGCUGCCCCGCAGCAUGGCCCCAGCAGGCAAGAAGGACUGAGGGGUCCAGCCUGCCUGCGGACCACUCUCUGCCUUCUCCUCCUGGGCUUGCAGCUCUUGCGCUGAGAGUAUCUAGCCCCAGGCUGCACAGGGUGUCCUCAUGUUGAUCCACACUGUCCAUGGCUUGGUCCACUCGGAUCAGCAAGUCAUAGCCAGGAUGGGGCACAUCACCUCCCAGUGGGAACCUCCAUGGUCCCCCAAGUGUGUCCUGGUCCAAAACAAGGAUUCUCUGACCUCAGCCUCCCGAUUCCUCUAUCCCCAAACCACGUCAGGACCACCUUCCUCCAAAGCUCAGGAGGCUUGAGGGGGCUUUACCCUCCCCCGCCAGCAUUAGCUGGCUUCGCCUUGAGUACAAAGGUCAAGGCCCCACCCCACCCCCCACCCCCACCAUGAAGGCCCACCCAAGGAGAACGUCUGCCCUUUUCCCACUCACAACUCUUUCCUCAGUGUGGGAAGAACCAGAGGGUCCCCGACAUCCCACAGAAGGGCCCAUGGUUCUUGGCCAGCACAACAUUUGAGAAAAAGGCUCCUCAGGUGGUUGGACUCCUGAGGCCCCAACACUCAGGCCAUCAUCUCCCUUUCCUGGCCUGACCCACAGACGCUGUCAGCUCUGUCUCUUAACUUUUUAGAUUAAAUAAAUUGGUUUCCAUCCCCAA